CAGCCGCGAGGAACCGAGAAGCUAACCUGUCAAUCGCUGGCUUCCUUUCUGACGUUCCGAUUUCCGUAUGAGCCCCAGUCCAAUCACGCAACUUUCCCUCGCAAUUCCCCUUUCUCUUCCUCAUCAUGACUCUUUUCAAAACCCUCCCGCCAACGUAGUUUUCACGCUUCUCGCAUGUCCUAUAAAUAGACCGGACCCUCUUCGCCUUCCCUUCACCUUCUGGCCCUUCUGAAUCUCGUCAGCUGAACCCCACAAAAACCCUUUUGAGUUUCGAGCCGUUUGCGUCGCUCUGCUGUUUUCCAUGACCAAGUACGCGCGGAAGUACGUGCGGAGGAAGAAAGCGAGGGAAAACGGUGGAGGGAGCCGUGAGGAAGAGGAAAGUCGCGAUCUUGGGACUGAAAAUCGCGGUGCCACGAGAGAGAGCGUCGGGGAUGGGCCACCGCAGAGUCAAGAAGGUGGCAAUAGUUCCAGGAAAAGAAGAGUUCACUUCGCCUGUGAGGAAGGGAUGGAGGGAGAGAAAGGUGGCGGUUCGAGGGACGAAGCCGUCCUUCCUUGCGAGGAAGGUAAAGUGACCGAGGGAACUGUAAAUUGCGUCCAGUACCGAAGUCCGACGAAAUUGAGGUCGAGGGAUCGUGGCGGGAGGAGGAAGGUAAUGUACGAUGACAGCGAAGGCGAUGGAGGUCCUGUCAAGAAGAGGGUGCGGAGACAGAAGGGCACGUCGAAGGGAGGGGUUUUGGAAGUUCACGAAACAGGGGCCAAUGAGAAGGAGAAAACAACUUCGGCCAGGAAACGAGCUGUGAAAAAUCUCGAUGUUGCAGGGAAAGGAACAAAUACAGGCAAAGUUGAAGAAGCUGUGAGGGAAAGAGGGUUAGGAACUGGCAAAUGCCCAUGGCAAAAGAAAAGGAAAAACCAGCCGAGGGAAACAGAAAGCGAUGCCAAGAUAAGGAAUAUGGCAAAAGAAAGGAGAUCAAAUAAACAUGACCCUAAAUGGUUAGAAGAGGAGUGUCGAAUGUGCCAUCAAUGCCAGAGAAGCGAUAAAGAUCGUAUUGUUCGGUGUAAUAGUUGCAAGAGGAAGCGAUUUUGUGCACCCUGUAUUAAAAAUUGGUAUCCUAUGACAAAAGAGGAAGAUAUUGCUAAAGCUUGCCCAUUUUGUCUAGGGAACUGCAACUGCAAGGCAUGCUUACGUCUAGAUGCACCAGAUUUGAGGAAGAUGGAGUUAGUAAGUCACGAAGAAGCUACUAAACAUUCCCGUUAUUUGCUGCAAGCACUAUACCCAUUCUUGAAACAAUUUCAUGUGCACCAAAUGAAGGAGGUGGAUUUCGAGGCAAAGAGAAAAGGGCUACAAGUUCAAGAGCUCAACAUUGCGAAGGCAGGAUGUCAUGCGGAUGAACGAGUGUACUGUGACAACUGCAGAACAUCUAUUAUCGACAUUUACAGAUCCUGUCCCCAGUGUUCUUAUGAUCUCUGCCUAGUGUGCUGCGAGGAGAUCCGUGAUGGACGUCUUCAGGGUAGUCAGGAGGAAGUAAGAGUUGAGUACAUUGACAGAGGGAAAAAAUAUUUGCAUGGUCUGAAGGUGGACAAUGUUGGUGUUCCAGUUGAACUUAGUCCCUCAGAAGUAAAAUUAGAAACUAGGUGGAGAUCGGCAGAAGAUGGAAGUAUUCCUUGCCCACCAAAUAACAUUGGAGGCUGUGGCAAUGGCCUUUUAGAGUUGAAGUGUAUAUUAGAGGAGAAUUUUGUUCUAAGAUUGGUGGACAAGGCAGAAGUGAUUGCUAGAGAGCUCUUGCCUGCGAGUUCAGGUCAUGGUCCUCCACAAUGUCGUUGCCUUAACCCAGAAAGCAAUGUAGAGAAAAGUGGUAACCAUUUAAGGAAAGCUGCUAGUCGAAGAGAUUCUAAUGACAGCCAUUUGUUCUGUCCGAAGGCUAAAGAAAUCCAAUCUGGGGAUCUAAUACAUUUCCAGAGCCACUGGAUCAGAGGAGAACCUGUGAUUAUCAGCAAUGUGCUUGAAACUGGAACUGGUUUGAGCUGGGAGCCUAUGGUUAUGUGGCGUGCAGUUCGCCAGAUAUCACAUAAAAAACAUGGCCGACAUAUAGAUGUGAAGGCGAUUGAUUGCUUGGAUUUGUGCGAGGGAGAUAUAAAUAUUCACCAGUUUUUGGCUGGAUAUACUGAUGGCAGAUUAGAUGAGGAAUAUUGGCCCCAAUUACUUAAGUUGAAGGACUGGCCUCCUUCUCAUUUGUUUGAUGAACGUUUGCCACGUCAUGGUGCUGAGUUUGUUGGCUGCUUGCCUUUUAAGGAGUACACACAUCCUUCCAGUGGUUUCUUAAACCUUGCAGUGAAAUUGCCCCGGAAUUCACUUAAACCAGAUAUGGGUCCAAAAACUUAUAUUGCCUAUGGAUUUGUUGAAGAACUAGGGCGUGGAGAUUCAGUCACCAAGCUUCACUGUGACAUGUCUGAUGCGGUCAAUGUGCUUACACACACUGCAGAGGUGAGAUAUACAAGGGAACAGAUGAAAAGGAUAAACGAGUUGAAACAAAGACAUCGAAAGCAAGAUCAAAGAGAAGGGAUUGAAGUUUGUCAGGAUCUUAAGAAAACAAUUGACAAUACUACAGACCGCGACAAUCUUGUAUUCAGGACAGACGAACGAUGUGACUCUAAUGGUCAUGUUACAUUGGACGGGAGAAUUCCUUUAAGUGCAGCAAAUAUGGCUAAGAUUGGAGAAGGAGAAGCCAGUCCAAAGGAUAUCAAUGGGACUUAUGGAACUUCAAUAACUUCUGGAGAUGUGUUGGAUGCAGCUGAGGGAGGUGCGGUCUGGGAUAUUUUCAGGAGAGAGGAUGUUCCUAAGCUGCAGGUUUAUCUUAAAAAACACUUCAGGGAAUUCAGGCACACUCAUUGUUGUCCUGUGCCUCAGGUUACGCAUCCAAUACAUGAUCAAACCUUCUAUUUGUCUAGGGAGCACCUAAGGAAGCUAAAGGAGGAAUUUGGAAUAGAACCCUGGACAUUUGUGCAGAAGCUUGGUGAUGCUGUCUUCAUUCCUGCUGGCUGUCCUCAUCAAGUCCGGAAUGUGAAGUCGUGUAUCAAGGUUGCACUUGACUUCGUUUCUGCUGAAAAUGUUGGCGAAUGCAUCCGCUUAACAGAGGAAUUCCGUUUACUUCCCAAAAACCAUCGAGCCAAGGAGGACAAGUUGGAGAUCAAGAAAAUGAUAAUUUAUGCUGUCAAACAGGCUGUCGAGUGCCUGGAGAAUGUGGGGUACAUCAGCCAACAUGUUAAUUCAAAUCAAGCGCACACCGCUGUGGGGCGAGGGAAGAGAGGUGAGCGACUUCUGUCCAUGAGGCUGUAGGUUUUAUUCUAAAAAUGGUGAAGUGAGCUGAGCUGGGUUUUCAUUCUAAAAGGGGUAAAUUUGGAAUUACGAUUAGUGAACAAGGAUGAGAUUGGAAAUUCAAAAAAUUCAUUAAUUGAGCCCUUUUGCAUGUUGAGAAAGCUAAAAAGGCCUCGGCAUCUU